AUGGAAGAGGACAAAUCCCAAUCCUUGGUCCUUGGCAAAAUGAUAUACAGUAGCGGAAGUCCCAUAUACUAUCAAAACAAAGUGUCUUUAGUCAGCAAAGGGCUACAGAUGGAAGUAGUAAAGAUCCUUAUGGCCUUUACUGUAGUGGAUCUCUCGGAAAACAAAUUUCAUGGGGAUAUCCCAAAAUCAAUUGGGGAUCUAAAGUCACUCCUUGUGCUCAAUAUGUCCAACAAUGAUUUAACUGGCGGAAUUCCAACAUCAUUUCAGAAUCUAAGGGAUCUAGAGUCAUUAGAUCUCUCACAUAAUAAAUUGUCUGGAGAGAUCCCUUGGCAGCUAACAGAUCUAACAUUCCUCGCAGUGUUGAAUCUCUCACAGAAUUUCCUCGUGGGAAAAAUACCACAAAGCCGGCAGUUUCUUACAUUUAACAGCGAAUCAUUCAAAGAGAACGCAGGAUUGUGUGGACCUCCACUAUCAAAGAAAUGCGAAGAUGCAGAGAGUGCACCACCGUCCCCUCUGUCAACAUUGCAAUCUGAAAGGAAAUAUGAUUGGGAAUUAAUGUGGAUAGGAUUUGGAGUUGGACACAGAGUAGGUGUAGGGAUGCUUUUCUGGACCCUAGCACUUUGGAGGAAGGGAAGGAGAGAAUUCUAUAUAUUUAUUGAUAGAAUGCUUUCCUUAAUUUUUCCUUCCGUGGUGUUUCCUAAAUAG